CACCGCAUAGAAAUGGGUACCGGAGAAUACGAGUAUUCUAAACUGAACUACGAGCAGAAAGCACACAAGGUCGCCAUUCCGCCGCCGCAACCGUUCAUAAAAUCGUUAAAGAACACCGUCAAAGAAACAUUCUUCCCCGACGACCCACUACGGCAAUUCAAAAACCAGUCCCCGUGCCGGAAACUCGUACUCGGGGUUCAAUACGUCUUCCCCAUUUUCGAAUGGGGGUCUCGUUACAAUUUAAGUUUCUUUAAAUCCGACGUGAUCGCCGGAAUCACCAUAGCCAGUUUAGCCAUUCCUCAAGGAAUCAGCUACGCCAAGCUAGCUAACCUCCCACCGAUUCUCGGCCUCUACUCGAGCUUCAUUCCGCCGCUAGUUUACGCAAUGAUGGGAAGUUCAAAAGAUUUAGCCGUCGGUACAGUGGCAGUAGCAUCGCUGCUAACGGGUUCGAUGUUAGGUGCAGUGGUGAACGCCAACGAAAACCCGACGGUGUACCUUCACUUAGCUUUCAUGGCGACGUUCUUCGCCGGAGUUCUUCAAGCGUCAUUAGGAAUUUUAAGGUUAGGGUUUAUCGUUGAUUUCUUAUCACAUGCGACGAUCGUAGGGUUUAUGGGGGGAGCUGCGACGGUGGUUUGUUUACAGCAGUUGAAAGGGAUAUUGGGUCUUGAACAUUUCACUCAUGGCACUGAUCUUGUUUCAGUUCUGCGAUCUGUUUUCACUCAAACUCAUCAGUGGAGGUGGGAGAGUGCAGUUCUGGGCAUUUGCUUCCUCUUCUAUCUAUUGGUUGCCAGAUAUAUUAGUACAAAAAGACCGAAGCUAUUUUGGAUAUCGGCAAUGGCUCCAUUGACGUCGGUGAUCUUAGGUAGCCUUCUUGUUUAUCUCACUCAUGCCGAGAAACACGGUGUUCAAGUGAUCGGCGAAUUGAAAAAAGGGUUAAAUCCAAUCACAAUAAUGGACUUGUCUUUUGGAUCUCAAUACUUAUCUACGGCUAUCAAGACUGGAAUCGUCACGGGUGUCAUUGCCCUUGCUGAAGGAAUUGCUGUGGGAAGAAGCUUUGCCAUGUUCAAGAACUACAACAUUGAUGGUAACAAAGAGAUGAUUGCCUUUGGCAUGAUGAACAUUGCUGGUUCUUGCACUUCUUGCUACCUCACCACUGGGCCAUUUUCACGUUCGGCUGUGAACUUCAACGCUGGGUGCAAGACAGCCGUGUCGAACAUUGUAAUGGCAAUUGCAGUCAUGAUCACGUUGUUGUUCCUAACCCCAUUGUUUCACUAUACGCCUCUUGUCGUUUUGUCUUCGAUCAUCAUCUCCGCAAUGCUCGGUCUUAUUAACUACGAGGAAGCGAUUCACCUAUGGAGUCUCGACAAAUUUGAUUUCGUUGUGUGCAUGAGCGCGUACCUCGGUGUCGUCUUUGGGAGUGUUGAAAUUGGGCUAGUCAUCGCGGUUGCAUUGUCGUUGCUUAGGGUACUUCUGUUCGUUGCGAGGCCAAAAACCGUAGCACUAGGUCACAUACCCGACUCGACGAUCUAUAGAAGCAUGGAUCAAUACCAAAACGCGAAAACCGUUCCUGGGAUAUUGAUACUUCAAAUCGACGCACCUAUUUACUUCGCCAACUCUAGCUACUUGAGGGAAAGAAUUGCGAGAUGGAUUGAUGACGAGGAAGACCGAUUGAAGUCUACGGGGGAGAACAAUUUGCAAUACGUCAUACUUGCAUUGAGUGCGGUCGGAAAUAUUGAUACGAGUGGGAUUACGAUGCUUGGAGAGGUUAAGAAGGUUAUGGAAAGAAGAGGACUCAAGUUGGUGUUGGCGAAUCCGGGAGGAGAGGUGAUCAAGAAGUUGAACAAAGGGAAAUUGAUAGAGGUUAUAGGACAAGAAUGGAUAUAUUUAACAGUGGGAGAGGCGGUCGGAGCGUGCAAUUUCAUGCUUCAUACAUACAAGAAUGACGAAAAGCUAACUUCGACUGGAUCGUCAUCAGGAAAAGAGACAUGGAAUGACAAUAACGUUUAACUCAAUGUCGUUAGUUGACCAUUUGAUAGCAUUUGUCGUCAAAUGCAUAUUUAUAAUCAUAAAUAAUUAUGUAUAUUGAUUAGCCUUUUUUUGUCGAGUUUUUUCUUCUUUCUUUUCAUAUAUAAAACGUUCCUGUAGAGUUAGAAUCAGUGAACGGAAACCGAUAAUAAGGAUAAAUUUAUGAAACGGAACUAAGAGCUUUGUUUUAAGGUUUAGUGUCUCAACUAACUAAGCCAUGGAUGUUUGAUUUCAACUUAAUAG